AAUCCCCACUCCCCCGUUUCCAACCACCCACCUGCCUGACCUGUUUUGACAGUCAGGUCACAGCCCGUGCUCAGUUGAGCGGAGCAGAAGAUUAUACCGUCUGCCAUCAGCACACAGCACUGUGUCUAGAGUAUCGUGCAGGACUAUUGAACUGUCACUUCCUGAGCGAGUCAAAGUUUCCUUGCGUACAGUUCUCACGUCCGUCUACCCAACGUCCAUGAUCUUGGUGGUGAAACAUUGCGUUGUACGUCACAUCUCGCGAGAAUAGUUGACACGCGCAGACGACAGUUUCAGUGAAGACGAACUGAUCAGUCGCUCGGCCUAACUGGAUAUAAGCAACAGUGGACAUCUAACAGGUGAUCUGUCGCCUUUGGGGUCGUUCAGACGAAUUCAGGCAGAGAAACACCUGUACCUACAUGAUGCAGCGAGCCUAAAUCGCGUGGAAUUGAACCUUGUGCUUAAAUGGUAUUAAGAAGACAUUAAAAACGGAACCUGAAGAUGGCGAGGGCUUAGAGGACACGGAUAACUGCUGAAAUUAACGUGCUACAGGUGAUAAUAUAAGGGGCCAAAAAGCUACUCAUAGGCCUUCUUAUUACGACGCGUUUCACGUGACGACAGUGAAACACAUGACACACAUGACGUCACACUUCCCAACCCACCAACAGUGUCAACAUUUGAUAACGGACCACGCCACUGUCAAAGCCAUGUACUGUGAUGGAGCAUUGAAACUGAGCACAUCUGAAUGAAUGUCGAGUAUCUGUGAAUUGCCUUCAUUGCGAGUGGGUUCAAAUACCUGUGGUUACGGCUAACUAAAGUGUUCUAUUUCACAACUCGCGGGUGUAUUGGAGGUAUGGGACUGUCGUGAGCUAAACUGUGACAUGAAGUGGUGUUUACGGUUCACGAUGUUUCAGAGGAAGAAAUAUAAUUACCUGUGGAUUUUACCUGUGUUGAUUAUCUUUACAACACCUGUGAUAGGCCAGAGGAGGGCCUACUGUAAUACGGACGCUUGUUCAUGUGUCAAUGGGAAAAGGCCUACGAUUACGUGCACAGGAACGGAUACAAUAACCACUAUACCAAAUGAUUUAUAUCCCAAAAUCCAGGUUUUAUCGCUGAUUAGAACCAAGGUUACUAGAAUAGAAGAAGAUGAUUUUAGCACUGCGGAGUCGAUUGAGACUAUAUUCUUGCAGAACAACGAGAUAAAUUACAUUCAUCCCAAUGCUUUCCGGAAUUUAUUCCGCUUGAAAACACUGAACCUGAAGGAGAACGCUCUGACCUCUAUACCUGCACCGAUGUUCCAGCAUCUACCAAGUCUAACGGAGUUAAAUUUGAUCAAGAACCAAUUACAGAACAUCUCAAGAUAUGCCUUUGUCACUUUACCGGCCGACAAGGAUGUACGGGUGAUGCUGAGCGGCAACCCGGUGCAAUGUAGAUGUGAUAUGUUGGCGUUCAGGCAGUGGUUGAACGUAAGAAGUACUGGUAAUAUUAAGUUCGAGAUUGAUGAUCUCAAAUGUAAAAAUGCCAAUGACCUACCCCUACUGGACGUCGACGAAGAUGACUUCAACUGUGAUGAGGACGAUCCAUCUGUGUUUGAGGAUGACCAGAGUUGCCGGACUUGCCAGGGCAAGGCGUCUCCUGAGAUGUGCGAUCGGCAAGGACAGCUACAAGAAUGUUCGCUUGAGGGGGAUCAGCAGCCUGUUUGCAGGACGACCUUGACCUAUCAGAGUAGUGGUUUAACGGUGAAGAGGACAUGUGACGGGUACAGAGCAUGCCUGAGACAAGAGGGCACGAACAAGGAAAGCUGUGUACUGGAAAACGUGUUACAAAAAAGAAUGACGUGUAAUUAUUGUUGCUUAGGACCCUUGUGUAAAGAUGAUGCUUAUGGAGGUCGUUUGAAGGGGUAUACCUUCUACCUCAAGUUCUCAACCUCUGGUGCCACCUACACCUCUGAAUUUGGGGACACAAAUUCAAAGACCUACCGUGAUAUGGUACAGCGUUUGACAGAGGCGGUGAAUGAGGCGCUGGAUAAUCUGGGCGUUUUCGAACUGUCUGAAAUCAGUUUCAGUGGCCCAAAUUUGACCAUAUAUUUCCGGCUGGCCUGCAACAUAUUCAUUCGAGUGAGCACCGACGACACGAGGAAUGCGAUCAAGAGUGCCCUCAGUGAGGCGAUCGAGAAGAAACCGGAGAGUCUGAUGAAGCAACUCAACGUCGCCUCUGUUGAUGUCAAUUUUAAAGCUCCAAUGUUCUGCAAGCCCGAGGUACAGACAACCAGUAAGGGUACAUUUGAAUGGCCUGAAGCAUUAGUUGACGAGACGGAGGAGAUCUUAUGCCCGCAUAAGACACUUGGUCGCAUUCUUCUUCGAGCCUUUCGAAAAUGCGUCAAAGUUAAUGACAGGGCGAUUUGGAUGGAUUCCAAUCUAGAAGCAUGCCCGUUCGCAAGCAACGUCACAAGACGGCUGGAAGACCUCACCACAGAAGAAAUAACGAAUGACAACGUCCUGGAGGUCUCCAAAGAAUUGCAGAUGAUAACGUCUGGAGCUGCCAACUUCACACAAACUGAUGUGAACUUCGCAGUGAACAUUGUGGAGGGAAUUGUCAAUCUGGAGAGCUCUCUCAAUUCCAGGGAGGUCAUCAACAACACUCUAGCAUCGGUCAGCUACAUCAUCGUCGUACCACGCGAGGUGCUCCUGGAGGCGGAACAGAAGAAACAAGCUACUACAAGAUUGAUAUCAUCUGUGAACAAGGUGACAACGUCGUCAUCUCUGGGUGACGGGGAUCUUCUGAUAGUCCAACCCAACAUUGCCGUGGCUGCCGUCAGCAUCGACCCAAGAAACUUUUCUGGGGUUUCUUUCACCACGGAUUCGUCAAAAUCUGGCGGUGACACGCUCGCUGGCGAAACGGUUGAGAUCAGAAAGGGAAACAUCCCUCAACAACAAGACCAAACAAUGGCGACAAUUGUGCUUCCCGACGGUCUUUUCGCUUCUCUACCACCUGGGGACAUGACCAAAGCAAACAGGGUUAUAUUUGCUGUAUAUCCGACAGAUAAAUUGUUUUCUGUAUUUGAAAAGGCUCGCCAAGGCCCAAGUGUCAAUCCAACCGGAAGAGCAGGGGGUGAUGGGAGUGUGGCUCCAUCUUUACCAGCCUCUAACGGUGGUUCUAGCAUAGCGACUAAAGAUGGCGGUGAUUUGACGGUGAUUGAUGGGGCGCAAGGUAAAGUGACAACGAUGAUAAAUAGCAAGAUCAUCUCUGCAAGCGUCCCAAACGUCAUCAUCGCCAAUCUCACCGACCCCGUCAUCAUACAUCUGCCACAUCUCAAGAAGAACGCUGUCAACCCCCGGUGUGUGUUCUGGCGAGACAACGGCGCAGGCUGGUCGACAGAUGGGUGUGAGGUGAAGGAAGAUGUCAAGGACAGCUACACAACCUGUGCAUGUAACCACCUCACUAACUUCGCGCUGCUUAUGGAUGUUUAUGAAAGAGGUGCUGAUGUAUCUGAAGCUGACCGCGUGGCCCUCUCCCUCAUCUCCUACAUCGGAUGUGGCAUCUCUCUGCUGUGCCUGCUGCUGACGCUGCUCACCUACUUCAUGUUCAGGAAACUGCGCCGGGAUAACCCUUCUAAGAUCCUGGUUAACCUGUGUAUUGCUCUUGCUGUGACCAAUCUCAUAUUUCUUGUGGGCAUGCAAGACUAUACCUUCAAGAACACGAUAGCAUGCAAGGCAGUGGCAGUGAUGUUGCACUACUUCAUGUUGUCGGCGUUGACGUGGAUGGCGGUAGAAGCGUUCUACAUGUAUCUGGCACUGGUUGUUGUCUUCAAAACAUAUUUCACAAACUUCAUACUAAAGUGUUGCUUCAUUGGCUGGGGCCUUCCCCUUGUAGUAGUGGCGAUCACCCUGGGAAUCAACGAAACUGAGAACUAUGGGGAGCUUGCUUCCGGGAUUUGCUGGAUCAGGAACCCGGCCUUCUAUGCUGCAUUCCUAGCCCCAGUCGCCGUCAUCUUGCUGAUCAACUUCGCCGCCUUUGGUCUGGUUUUGCGUCAGAUUCUUGGUCUUUCUAGCCGGAAGUUGAACAAGUCGGACAAAACCAGCACUAUGACACAGCUGCGAGGGGCGAUGGGAGUGGUCAUCCUUCUUGGUCUCACUUGGGUGUUUGCGGUCUUUGCCAUCGACCGUGCCAGCGUUGUCUUCUACUACCUGUUUGCCAUUACAAAUUCCCUUCAGGGGCUUUUUAUUUUUAUAUUUUACUGCUUAUUCAAGAAGGAUGCGCUUUCAGCAUGGAGACGAAAGUUACCAUGUUGCGAAACUAUGGACGAAAAAUCCGGAGACCGCUCUUCAAGCAAAGCGGAAAGAACGCAAUUUCAUGUGGAUAAAACGCACGAUCAAGAUCAAGUAACAUUAUUAACAUUUAAACAAGGCUACACGACCCCUGUCUCAAACAACACAGUAAAACACUCGAUGUCGACGACGAAUAGUUCACCUAACAGCAACAAUGACGCCAAAAUCAAAAAAAGGGCAAUGCUAUCAUCGGAUAGUGGUUUCCAUAGCAGCGGGGGAGAUGAAAACACUCGUUCAUCUACAUCCAUCUAAUCUGCCAGAAUGUACAGACUACCCAGAAACUUUAUCCACGAUCUCACCGAGCUAAUGCGUUUAGUUCUAUAGUAUAUAUUUAUUAUGCACGACCCAAACUUGCCCUUUUCAGCAGAUCCAGGGAUAUGUUAGCAGUGUCUGGACGUAUUCCGAAUAUGGUACUUGUGUAUACGCUAACAGGUUUGCCUUUAUGUAUGGACAUAAGAUAUGGAUGUACCAGCUAUAAUGCAGUAUCUUCCCCAUUGUCCAUUCACUACAGCCAGUUUCAGGACAUGAGCGUGAUUGCUACACAAAGUGUGUAUGAUUUUGUUUGAGAGCUAAUGGUGACGACAGUUAAAACUAUACUUCGACUUUGGAUUCAGUUAUGUGUUUGAAAUAGAAAGCAACUGCUGCACAAGACGCAACAGACAGCUUGUUCUUCCUCCCCAGUGGUGAAUAGCACCACACGGUGUACCGGUGAUGUGAUGUGGUGUCACAAAAUGAAUGUUACCAAAACGAAUCACUGGCGAUGUGUAUAUUAAUAUGAAGUGAAAACUGCAAUUGGGUUUUUUUGGGGGGGGCCGAUAUUAAGAAGGUCCUUACCUAAUCAACCACACACAGACGUAGCUCCGUGAAUAUUCUGCAUUGUACUAAAUGAAUAGCCCCAGCAAGGGUUAUUGGAUGUAAUUAUUAUCAAGUGGUGGCUAUGACUGUCAAUGACAUUACGAAUGUUUCUGCAACUGUGCGUCACAACAUUUCUAUUGUAAUGUCAAUAUUCACAAAAUAUAAUGGGUCUUUCAUGACAAUAUUACCAUCAGGUUUGAAGUAAAUGUUCAAACAUGAAUCUCCAACAUUGACGUGUUAUUCAAAGGUGCCAAGCAUAUUGUUCAUGUCAUGGCCAUACCUUAAUCAGGUGGCGUCUGAUAUUGGGUGAGAGUGUCCAGACACAACACACAUUCGUAACACAAGAUAAUAUGAGAACAAUUCUGAAGAAUUCCUAUGUGUACCAAUGCCGACUCUUACACACAUGUCCAUUUGGCGUGAAGGUAAAAAUAGCUGUGGAAAUUAUACGAAUGGACCACUGAACAUCAAUGAUGACACCAGGUGUUCGCGAAAAGGGUAAGCAUGCCCCGCCCUUUCGGUAGCACCCGCCAUUCAUACAAUUUGUAUUUUUUAUUAUUUUUUUAUUUAUUGCCUGACGCCGCACAUCAGUACUCCUGCCUAAAGCACGUUUGGGCUUUAAAGGCGUUCGUUAGAAAUAUUGUUUCUAGUGCGCUACGUGUUUCGUUAUAUUUCACAGAAAUAGAUAUAUCCGAAACAUUCCAAGCAAGUCAACAAUGCUUUUGCAAAUCUAGAUUUCCUCAGUUGCAGGAAAUCAUUUCUUUAUAACUAACAAUUUACCUAAACCUGUCUUAAAAUCUUUCACAGACAUGUCGGAUUAUGUUUGUAUUUACAAAUGUUCUCACAAUAAGGUAGUUUGAACACCAGGAUUUCUAAAUAUCUAAACUGUGUCAAUUAUAUAUGAGCAGCACUUUCAUAUGUUUGAUUUGGUGGACUGAAGCUAGCUGUACCAACCAGAAUUACAGCUGAAGCACGCGUAUAUUGUUUAUGCGUCUGUCAUGAAUUUAAAGUUAAGAUUAUUAAAAUCAUAAAGAGUUAAGAUUUGUAAUCUCUGAUACACGAUAAUAUACAUCGGCUUAUAUUGACAACCAAAUAGAAAUAAUUAUGUAUUCGUUUUAAAUAUUGUCUUUUUAAUUGUAAAUAUAUCCUCUUGUUCAAUGCUUAUAUAUCUUUAUAUAUCUUUAUAUAUAUAUAAAGACAUUUUCGAAACUUUAUUCUGAUUGCAUAAUUAUAUCUUUCAUGUUUGCUCAAAAUGCCGUUCAUUUGUGAAAUAUAUUCUCAGGCUACAUUAAGGGCUACUAUUUGGUGCUAGUUAAUCGCAUACACAUAACAACUAUUCACCUAAAGACGAGAACAAUAAGUUUAAGGGUAGGUAUCCAGACCAUUUCCUGAUGUGUAGCUCUGUUUGUGAUUACAGUUGUUUCACACGACUUGCUUCCUUUAUUUACACCCUCCGUGACGUAUGUCAGGCUUAUUAACACCAAAGAUGGUUGGUGAUAUGAUUGAUUAGUUUGUCUGACCUGUUGCUUUAUAAACUCUUGUAGCGGUUCGACCAUCCUAGUGAGCGCCCCACAAUACAGUGUAGAGUUGUGUCCUUUAGUUACAAGGACACGUCAAGAUUAUGAGUGAGUGAGUGAGUAUGGUUUUACGCCGCUUUUAGCAAUAUUCCUGCAAUAUCACGGCGGGGGACACCGUAAAUGAGCUUCACACAGUGUACCCAUGUGGGGAAUCGAACCGGGUCAUCGGCGGGACGAGCGAACGCUUUAACCACUAGACUAUCCCACCGCCCCUCUAGGUUAUGAUCUUUGGUUGGUCAACAUUCCGGGAUUGGUCCCCAGCAACCUCUGUUUGUAAGAGGCGAAAACAUGGUGAGGUGGUCAGAUUUGGUGACUAGGCUGACAGAAUGUCAACGUACCCCGACAGUGUGGAUCGUUCGUUGCUCUAAUAUCAAUCACUGUCUUGUCUAGUCCAGACUCAAUUAUUCGCCAUUAAAUUUCUGGAAUAUUCCAAAUAAUUUCCGAAUCUGGCUCGAUACAGCAAGGUUGUCUCCCUUGUAACGUCAGAAAGCGAUUUCACGACAUGCCUUACUAAUUUUGGCACUAAAUUAUCUGAUGAUUUUAAUAUGUUGACUCAAAUUAACAAAUCGCCAUUUCAUCAAAAUGUUGCAAAGUAGUUUAUACAAUGUGAACUUUUUAUCUGUAUCAUUUACUCUAUGAAUAAAUAAUGAUUUUUG